AUGUCUGACGGCGGCAAGGGAUCGCCUCCGGGCACGCCACCCCUCAAUAACAAUACGAUUCCGCCGUCCGCGUCGGCGUGCUCACUGCAUCCCGGCCGACGUGUGCGAUUCCGGGAAGAGGGCCACGAUGGAACGGUACGCCAUUCCUUGGGCUCAGGUAAGAAUGGUUGGUCAGAGAACGAGCAGAAAGUUGUGAUAGAUCAGGAGUUUGUGGUAAAAGGGCGAGGAGUUGCUGUAGACGGGUUGGGAUAGGGUGAAAGUUGGGUAAUUACGACGAAAAAUUGAUUUUAAAGGCAGUGACUUGGCUAAAAAUGGUAAAAUUUUCCAAAAACUUCAAAAAACUUACCUUUGCUUGGCCAAAGACAAAAAAAACAUACCUAAAAUACCAAGAAUCUCACCCACAAAACCCAAAAGUUAAGCGGAAAACGUUUUAUCAGACCCUCGUAAUUACCGGGGAUUGUUCACGGCCGCUUAAUGGGACUUGAUUGGCGGAACGAAAGAACACUUUCUCAAUGCGAAAACUGCAUAACCAUGCAAUCUCCUCCUCAGCUUUCAAAAACUCGUACUUAAACAUUCGUGAUAAUACGUACUACGUCUGUUGCGACCUUACGAAAACCUACGUCUACUUUGUGUAAAAUUGGAGUUGUUUUUGAGGCUGGAUAACUUCAAAAGUAUUAUAGCUUUACUCUACAAACGUUAUUGCUUUUGUUACCUAACAUUAAAGUACUGCUUUGGCUUAGGUUUUUCAACAAGUUUAAACAAAGAUUUAAAGUUUAAAGCUUAUAUUAUUAUACCAAAAAGCUGGUACGACCAAAAGCUCAUACCUAAUUUAAUAUCCUACCUAAAACUCUCUUUGCUACAACUUCUUCUAUUAAAACCCCUAAAUAUACUAAAACCCCUAAAAUACGCAUAAAUUUCGAUGUCAACUGUUACGAAAUGAGCGUCCGCCGACCACUGGCUGAUAUUCCACUGAUUCCAUUAAGUAGCUUCGCGCUGGCGGGCUCGCCCCUCCUCCUGUCACGUGAUUGUUCGCAGAGCACGUUUGUGCAGCGGGUUGACAGUCCUCCUCAAGAAGGUCGGUGAAGAGGCGCCAAAACUUGAAGGCGUUUCAAACUUUUAAAGUUUUGGGUUUUUGGGUUGAGACUAGGUAAUGGGUUGGGAAUGGUUAAGGUAAUGGUAGGCUGGUAAAAAUGUUUACAAUUGGUAUUAUUUUAGGUUUAAAUUGGUUUGAUAACUAAAAAAUAGAUUUUCGGAGGUUUUAAGAUCAUUUUUUGAUAAAAUACGCCUGUUUUUACUACUGCAAUAUAAAUUUUUUUAUAAACUUUAAGGUUUUGAAUUCGCCAGCUCUUCCACUUCAUUUUAAAUUAAAAUAUUAAAAAGUUUAUGCUCAGAACACUUCAGAAUUUAAAAACUCCAAGUUGUUUUGAACUUAAAACACUUUAAAAUUUAACUUUUUUCAAGAAUUUUGAGCUUUUUGAACUUUUUUCAAAUUUUUUCAACUUUUUCUUCAAACUUUUAACCUUUUUUGGUUCCUCAAAACUGGGUUAAGUUCAAAAGAACCUCGCUGCAAUGCCUUUCCUAAACUGCAGUUUUUAAACUUAUUUAGCGGCGAGGGCAGGUCACGUCACAAAGUUAUGACAAAUAACCCCCCGUUUCCAUUUGCAGGCCAACCACACUCGACGGCGGAACGAAAUCCAUUGGAUUCGAGUUCCUCAUCGGUUGUCAACUACAUUCCCAUGAACGAGGCCUCCUUCGACUACAACGCCGAGCAGUUUGAGUUGCGCGUUCACCCGCCCAAACAGUACCGAUGUCUGUGCGGAGCAAUUCACGUUGUGGUAGGUUAACAUAGUUUUUUGAGGGGGAGAGGGUUGAUUUUGGUUUAAAGGGGGUAAAAAUGGCUUUGAUUGCUUGUGAAUAAAAAAGUAGUUGAGAAGAGGAGGGAUGACUUAAAAUUUUUUUAGUCCUUAAAAGUUCAAAAACCUAUGUUUCGUACCAAGACUUAUCUAUAUGAUCAUCGCAAACUAUAUUCUAAACAUAAUAUAAUCGUCUAAAUACAAUUACCAUCUUUUAGCUUGGAACAAAACUGUUUCUUGUACUUUAUGUGAUAUUAACCAUGUUUGGCUUGGUGUUUGGAAUGGUGCAAGCGAUGGUAUGGACAGGUAUACCAUUCCUGGUCACCGUGAUGACAAUAUACGGUUUCUGUAGAAAGAAACACAAAUAUCUGUAUCCGUUUCUUAUCAUAUCUGUAAGUUUUUUGUUGCAAUCUUUGUUUGUGCCAAUCUAUAGUGUUGCUUUUGAACUUAAGCUGGUUAGGAUAAGGCAUGUAUAAUGUGAAGAUAUGGGUAAGGUAGGGUAGGAUAAGAUAUGAAACUAUAUUAGCACCAGUAAGCUAGAGUAGGGAAGUGUAGGAUAUGGUAAGGUAGGAUAAGGUAUUACAGAUUUUGGUCAAAACCAUAACUUAUGUCAUAUUUUACCAAUCAAAAUAGGAAGUCAAAAAAUUAAUUUAAAAAUGUAUUCACAACAUAAAACAUGAUUACCUUUUUAUUCAUAAAACAUAUAAGAUUCACAUGUUAACAAUAAUGCCCUAAUCUAUGACAUUUCCAAAAGCAACCCCUAUAACAUGACAUUUUUCAAAUCAAAAUAAUUUAUGACAUUUUCCUCCAAAUUUCAAACAAAUUAUGAUAACAUACGAUCCAUUUACUUCCGUUUCCACGAGUUUAUUUUUAGGUUGUGCAGUUAAUUGUGUGCUUAAUUAUGGGUCUUGUUAUUGCAACCUUUUCAAUUGUAAAUUAUGAAACAUUGAAGCUCAUUCUGGGUAAGUUCCGAACAUGUUUCUCUCUCAGCAUAAUUAAUAUAUACACAUCUCAUUUGGAAUGAAAUACUUUUGCAAUAAGUAAUGGAAAUGAGUACUAAAUGUUCACAGAGAUUGCAAAAUGCAUUUUAAUAGGUUGUUCAAAUAAUUCUGUGCCCUUCACAAAGUAAAUUUUUGGGGUUAGGGGGCACAGUAUUAUGCUCAAAGCAGGGGCGUCGCUACGGAUUUUUUUUCUGGGGGGGGUGGAUCCACCCCCCCUCCACCCCCCCCUAGCGACGCCCCUGGCUCAAAGUAAUUUUAAACUAAUGAACUUUUGAAAAUUCAAAAAUCAUUCAAAUUUUUUAAAUUUUGAAGAAAAGCAUAUUUUUGAAGACCACCAAGCCCAAAACAUAUGUUUCUUGAUCAUUUAGUUCAAAUUUUGAAUUACUUUGACGUAGAUGUAAUGUAUCAUAAGUAUAGCAUGACAAUGGCUAUGAUAUUACAGGCGCAUUUGUUUAACGUGUCAAAUGUCAAACUAUGUCAUGAUAUAUAAUACAAAUUAGUAUUUUUAGAAAAUGAUGUUUGUUUUACAUACCAUAGGCAUGGGAAUGGUAAUUUAAACUACCUAAGUAAUCAAAUUUUACAACAAAAGUAAAUUUGAAUCAAGUUUUAAAAAGUCUUGUCGUUCUGAAGGUGAAAAUCAAUAUAAAUUGGAGACAAAACUUUGGUGAUGGGUUACUGAACUUGAUACCCUAGCUUUAAACUCAAAAUUAAAUUUUACAUAUAAUAUAUUAGCUAUAGUAUAGCUGUACUAAAACUGAUUACUUUCAGCCCACAACAUGAAAGGUGAGCCAUCAACAACAGUUAUCGUAGCAAUCGUUGGAGGUACGGUCUUCUCCUGCUUUCUUUUGGGUGUCAUUCAUAUUUGGCAAGUCAUGGUGAUUUACAAGUAAGUUUUUUACUGCAACACUGUUUUCUAUAUCAAAAAUGAAAAAUUUGUAGUAGUAUCAAUGUAUGCCUUGUGUAAGUACGCCAUUCUUUCUUAAUUUUUUUUUUUAUUAUUUUAGUAUUAUUACGCCAUAUAUUAACUAUGAAGAUAUAGAAAUUAAAAAAAAUUUUGUUUUCAACAGCUUCAUCCUUUAAAAACAAGCCUAAACCUUUUUCAUUUUACAUAACAUACUAUAAUAUUAAACAAAAUAUCAAACAUUUCAAAAUCCUAUGAGACAUUCCCAUUGACACUUCUUUUCUUCAUGACACUUCCUUUUUCGUGUAGCCGACUUCUGAGUAAAAACAUCGUACGAAAAGCAACUUUUAAUUAAAAAUCUUUCAGCUGUCUUCAAUACUUUGAAUACGACUUGAAGCCAGACCGUGCUCUGGUCAGUACGCACGGAGAUUUCACCAAUAAUGGCUUGAGUUUCUUCGAAAGCACCCAGAAAAUGCCUCAUAACAUUGAUCAAUUGGCCAGUUACAACUCGGAAAUGCAGCGACGGGUCGAAAUCAUGGCAUAA